AUGGCUUAUACGUUAUUUGUGAUAGAACUGAUAUCAGCGUUUAUAUUGGCAGCUACACUUUUGUAUAGAUAUGGAGACUGCUACAGGAAUCACAUACUUGUGACGGUGUCUGUGUUAACAGCAUGGUACUUCUCUUUCGUGAUUAUGUUCCUCCUGCCACUAGAUAUAUCUUCAACAGUGUAUCGACAAUGUUUAGAGAAUGCCGCAAAAGCCGCUACCACAACUCAAGGAGUCCAGAAUAUUUCUACACUUGCCCCAUCACCUGGCACUGAAUGUCAAAAACCAUCAUCAUUUGUAAGCAGUGAUAUAUUUCCUAAUCUUUGGAGAGUAGUCUAUUGGACAUCACAGUGCUUAACAUGGCUUAUAAUGCCAAUGAUGCAAUCCUACAGCAAAGCAGGUGACUUCACCGUUAAAGGAAAAUUGAAGUCUGCACUAGUCGACAAUGCUAUAUACUAUGGCUCAUACCUACUAAUAUGUGGCAUACUACUAAUAUACAUUGCUCUAAAACCUGGAGUAUACCUAGACCCACCUAAAAUCAAGGCGAUAGCAUCAUCAGCAAGUAACACAUGGGGCUUGUUCUUAUUAAUUCUGCUGCUAGGGUAUGCUUUAGUAGAAGUGCCGAGGAAUCUAUGGAAUAAUUCAAAGAAAAAUUACACUUUAACUUACUGUUACUUCAAGAUAGCAAAAAUUAGCACUGACAAGUGUGAGGCUGAGGAAACCGUUGAUGAUAUUCUGGAUAGUUUAAAAGCAGUGAUAGCGGCUGUCGGCCCAGGCCAUCCGUUACAACGUCAUGUGGAAAUCAUUGUACAGAAGUUACCAAUAGAACUCCGUGACCGACUGAAUGGCCGAACUGCGCCAGAGCGAGCCACUCCGCCUUCACCCAAGUCACUUGUCAAUUUACAUAAGAAGACAAUCAAAGCACUCCAUGGACUGCAGCGGACGGAGACCCAAUGGGGUUUGAUGCUAGAAAGAAUAUUCCACCUUGAGGACGUUGCGGCGAACCAGCGUUCGCCCGAUCGGCGCUUCCAACACACGUUCCAAACAGCAAGGCCGCGGCUCACACGUAUACUGUACCCGCCUAUCUUUGAAUGGUACUGGGAAUGUUUCUUAAAGCAGUAUUUCUUGAAGACAAUGGCAUUGAUCACCGGCGUGAUGUCCAUAGCCGUCGUGUGGUCAGAAAUGACCUUCUUUAGCAAAAAGCCUGUGCUAUCUAUAUUCGCACAGAUUGUGAUAGCAGCUACCGGCAAUUACAACUACUUGGCGAUUGAGGCAAUCUCGACAAUAGUAAUCGCGUACAUGUUCUACUGUGCCUACUCCACGGUGCUCAAGAUCCGUCUGCUUAACUUGUACUACCUGGCACCUCAUCACCUAACCAACGAAUACUCCCUCAUCUUCUCCGGGAUGAUGGUCUGCAGGCUCACCCCCGCAAUGUGUCUCAACUUCCUCAGUAUCAUUCACAUGGACUCCAAUGUGAUCAAAGAGAGGAUUAUGGAGACCUACUAUACUCAGAUAAUGGGCCACAUGGAAGUGCUGGGCAUUAUCGCGGAGGGUUUCAACAUCUACUUCCCUAUGCUGGUGGUGCUGCUGUGCGUGGCGACGUACCUGUCGCUGGGUAGUCGCCUACUGUCGCUCUGCGGCUUCCAGCAGUUCAUCGGGGACGACGAACUCACUACCGACUUAGUGGAUGAGGGCCGGGAGAUUGUCAAACGAGAGAAGCGCAAGCGCCAGCGCGCCGAGGAGUCGCAGUCGCGGCGGCGCGACUACAGCGAGCGCUUCGCCGCCUACCGCGAGCGCGACGCGCAGGACGGAGCCCGCACCGGGCUCUUGAACGACGUGGAUUCAGACUACUACGUGCAACCCAGCCCCGACAGGACGCAGCGUGCGCACGCGCCGCGCGGCUACGAGCGCGCCGAGCUGCCCUACAACCGCGCGCACCUCACGCUCGAGGACGAGCUCGACGACCGCUUCGGCGAGAGCACUCUGCCCUCCGUACGGACGGACUUCGACGACCGGAGGAGGGACAAGAUGACGCUACCGCCGCGGGGGCUAUUCGACGACGUAUAA